AACCCAACCACUUCUACUGCGCCGCCGAUGUGCACGAGACCUUCGCGUCCUACCCGGCCGCGUGCGUGCCGCUCCAGUACCAGAUCUGCGCCGCCGACUACUGGAUCGCACAGCUGGCGGGCGCCGCCGUCGGCACGCUGCUUGUGCUCGGGCUGCUGGUCUUCUGCGCCAAGAAGGCGCGCGACAACUGCAUCCGCAAGCGCUCGAGAUGUGUUGUGAUGCGGGACGUCGCCCUGCUCCUCGCGCUCUUGCGCGCGGCGCCGGCCGCCGGCAAGGGCCUGCAUGAACACGACGGCGGCGCGGGCGGGCGCGACGGGCGGCGGACCAAGCCGUGGAGGGCGUCGGAGGCGUGCGUCGCGACGGGCGGCGCCGCGCCGUCGGUGGCCAUCAUCGGUGCCGGCGGCAACAUUGGCUCGCGGCUGCACGAGGUGCUCUCGGCCAACUGCGGCUGGAAGGUCACGGGUUAUGACCGCGAGCCGCGGCUGAGCCCGCCGCGCGCCAAGUACCCGAUCACGCCGAUGAGCGCGGCAAGCAUCCCAGCGGCGGAGCUGGCGGCGUACGACGCGGUCGUCUACCUCGGCGGGCUGACCGGCCGGGCGGCGUGCGACCGGCACACGCGCGAACAGACCUUGUCGGAGAACGUCGACGACCCGCUCGCGCUCGCGUCGCGCAUGGGCCCCUCCCAGCUGCUGGUCUUCGCCUCCACCUCCGCCAUCACCGAAGGCUCCGGCCAGCGGAGCGCGCGAGAGGACACGGCGGUGCGCACCGAGCUGCUCGACUCGUACUCAUCGUCGAUGCACCAGCGCGAGGCCGCCAUGCGACAGCUCGCCGCCAGCAAGCCCGCCGGCGCACCGCAGCUCGUCGGGCUGCGCUUCGGCACCGUCAUCGGCGUCUCACCCGGGCAGCGCGUCGACCUGGGCCCGCCGGCCAUGCUCAAGUCGGCGUACACGACGGGCGUCCUCAAGGUGGCUCACCCCGAGACGUCACGCGCCUUCCUGUGGCUGGAGGACCUGUGCCGCGGCAUCUCGCGCACCAUCGAGCUGCGGCGAGGCGGCGCCGCGAUAGCGCCGCCGGCGACGGCCCAUCACAGCAAGCGUUCGGCGCCGUCGUCGUCUUCGAUGGCGCCCGCCGCGCCACCGCCGUUUGCCAUCUACCAUCUG